AUGGAGGAGUACAUCUUCUGCAGUGUCCGUCUGCCGGAGGCCACGGCGCGGGCGAACCUGAGCUUUUAUCCAAUCGACUUAGAGCUGCAUCCAGACCGAGCCAGGAGCUAUGCCGCAGAGUUGGGUAUGCCGCUGGCGGUGCGUACACGCGGCGCGGCGCCGCCGGAAGCCCAGCCCUCCUCGGAAUCCUUCGACUCGCUUGCAGCGGAGGCAGACUAUGCCGUGCAUGAGGGCCUGCCUGCCGACAUCUGGGAGGACUUGCACGUGCGCUUCUAUCCCAACAUUCCUUGCCGACUUUUUCGCCACAUGCCCCUGGUUCACGGCACGGAGAAGGAGGGCAUCGCGUCACAGCCGUGCUCACCUGCUGGCGAGGUGUCGCUGCCCACACUGCUGCCGCCGUCCGAGCGGCUGCGCUUGCUGCUGAGCCUCGUCGCAGAUGACAUGCCUGGCGCGACGGGCGAGAUGGGCGCCGGGGUCAAGCUGGACAAGUGGAAAAGGCCCAAGUUUUGCAACUGCCUUCUCCGAACCUGCCGCAACUUUGGUGCUCGCCGCUACGCGGCGAGCACCGCAGAUCUGAUGAACAACCUGCGCCAGGUGCCACGAGCCUUUUCCCACUACUUCCUGAUGCAGGAUCCCCGGGAUGGUGUAUUCUUGGGACUCCGCUUCAAGUUCGGCCGGCCGAGCUCGCCCCUGUUCCGAAGCGGUCUGCUCAGUGGUGUGGUCGACAAGAGCCUGCCAAGCCAGCUGCAGCACUUCUUCGGCCAGCAGAUUGGAUUCUACUUCGCCUUCUUGCAGCACCUCUUCAGCUACGGUUUUGCUUUGACGGUUUUGCUGGCUCCGCUGCUGGCGGUGUACAGUGUGGACUGGGCGCAGCAUGUGGUGCACGCGGUGAACGCGCAGGAGAAGUUGAAGCCCUUCUCUUUGGUCGACGACUUCGCCGUGCAGCUGGACUCCGAGGUCUCCCAAGUUUCACCCAGUGGGUCUGCAGCCCCCAGCAGGCUGCAAGGAGGCGAUGGCCUUUGUGGCAUCUCGGCCCACUUUUAG